AUUAAUAUGUAUCUCUGACAGACUAGGCUUGAGCUUCUGAUUCUUUUUAUGUCCAACAACUCACCAAGCCCCGCUUCGUAUAAAUUGCCCUUUAUGCACCACAGAUCUCCCCCCGAUUGAAAAGAAAAGAACUUCGAUCAUAUAUUCCUCAGGUCACUCCUACCUAUGACUAUAUAUGACAUAUAAUGGACCAUGCCUCUCUGAGGAAAGAAUUGAGCUGGGAAUCAAGCAGCAAAAACGGUCCCCAAUUCGGAUAUAUUAACAACCACCACCCUCCAAAACAAAAUUUCACCCUUUCGUUUUCCUUAUCCCAUACCCCUCAAAAGAAAAAGCUGGCGAUUCUCCAAUUCUCCUCUUGUUUCGUGUCCUUUACUACUCCGAAUCCUCACAACACUCUUUGUAGUACACACUACUAACCCAAAAGUCACUCACCUCUAGAAAACCUCAAAUCUCAAAACCCAUCAAGAUUUUAGCACAAAGACUCAAACUUUUCACAAAAUUAAAGAGACCCAGUUGAUUUUUUUCUCUUUAGACUGAAGUAUUUUGAAGCAUCGAACAUGCUACAACGGCGGUUUCUGGAGACGGAGCUGAGCAUGCCACCGUCGUACGGCGGCAGCGGCGCAAACAACACGCGCGACACGUUCAUCAGCGACGCGAACUUCGACACAAACAUGGUGAUCAUUCUGGCGGCGCUGCUGUGCGCUUUGAUAUGCGCGCUGGGCCUGAACUCCAUCGCGCGGUGCGCGCUGAGGUGCGGGCGGCGCUUCGGCGACGAGACGGCGGAGCAGGCGGCUGCAAGGCUGGCGGGGACCGGGCUGAAGCGCCGCGAGCUCAGCCGCAUCCCGGUGGCGGUGUACGGCGCCGCCGGAGGAGAAAACACUAUUCCGGCGACGGAGUGCCCCAUAUGCCUCGGCGAGUUCGAGAAAGGGGACAAGGUUCGAAUGUUGCCUAAAUGCAACCACGGUUUCCACGUGAGGUGCAUUGACACGUGGCUCUUGUCGCAUUCCUCGUGCCCCAAUUGCCGCCACUCGCUCCUAGAGAAAACCUCCGCCGCGCCGGAAAGUGGGUCGGGGCGGCGGAGCGAGGUGGUUGUUGUGGUGGAGCAGGCGAGUUGAAUGGCAUUAACAGUGAAAGGUGGAAAGAAGGACAAGUUUUGGUGAAUGGAGGUUGAGAAAUUUAAUGUUAGUAGUUAGAGUAGUUAUUAGUUGGUUAUUAAUAAAUUCCAAGUGACCAUCCAUAAUUCCAUAUACACGUUUAUUUUUUAAAAUUAAAAUAUAUGUUUGUGUUUGUUACAGUUUGUAUAUAAGUUGGAUAUUGGAUAUUAUGAUGCUUAAAAAUGUACAUAAUCUGAGUGGUUUUUUAUUUUAUUA